UUUUUGAAAAAAUAUUGCCAGCAAAACAUUUUAAUGUGUAUAAAUAAUUUGAAAAUCUCAUUGGUCGAUAUGUAAUUUUUUAUGAGCAUAAAAUACAGUUUCGUUUUAGAUCAAUAAUCCAAAUUUUAAUAACAUCAUAUGCUGCUUUUGGAUGAAGUUAUACAUUAAUUCUGCCUUGUUCCUUAAUAAAUUUAAGCUAAAAUUUAGUGUUAAUUUUAUUAGCCUCAUCGAUAUCUUAGAUAAUUCUGGCAUCCUCAUCAGAAUCUGAGAUCGGUGGAUCUUCUCCACCGACAAAGAAACAACGUGUUUAUCCACCCUCUUCUAGCUCACACAAAUCUUUUUCUAACAUAGAAAUACAAGCUGUUGGAAACAUAUCACCUCUAUAUCACUUAAAAAUGCAUCCUAAUGGUUGUUUUAUGACUGAUGAUAAAUCUUUAAACCCUGAUUCUGAAAUAAAAAAUGUAGGUGAAAUCAUUGUAAAUGAUUUUCCAAGUAAAAAUGGAUCUGAUUAUGGAAUACAAAAUCAAAUGUUAACCCCCAUGCAACUAAAGCAGGCAGCUCAUUUAUCUGUUUAUAAUGAAAGAAAUUAUUGUUCUUGUUGUUGUUGUCUAAAAUAUAGGAAUAAUUUAGUAGGACAUGAAAAGUCUAACAUUUCCAAUCUUAUAAUAUUUGCUAAAGAAUCUUCUCAUCUUAAUUUUGCUCAUAGUGAUGAUAAAGUCAUUAAAGAUUAUCAGGACCCACAUUUAGACAAUAUAAAAAAUAAUGCACCAAAAAAAAUUUUAACUAAAAUACAUAUAUGCAAAAAUCUUAAAAAUGGGGAUAAUAUAAAACCAGAAUAUAAUCAUGAUUAUAAUAUGAGUGAAAUCUCUCACAUAUGCAAUUUAAAAGCAAACACACAAUCUACCAAACUCUCACAGCCUAAACCCAAACAUGCAAUUAACAAAGCAAAUUAUAAUCACAAAAAUGGUAAUAACAUGUUAAACUUAAAUGAUCCUCCAACUAAUAAAACAUCAAAUGCUUCCAAAACAAUCAAACACUCUUGUCACUUGCACACCCACAAUUUACCUCAUAAACAUAAUAAAAUUAAAGAAAAUAACAAAACCUUACUCAACAAUGAUAAUACAGGGCUAUCAGAUGUUCAAAGAAAAAGCUUAAUAUCCCAAUCUGAUUAUGAAAUUAUACGAAUUAUAGGACAACACCUCAAAGAUUUAGGAUUGAGCCGUUCCACCGAAAUUCUAAUCAAGGAAUCCGGAUGUUAUUUAGAGCACCCAGCCGCCGCCAACUUCAAUAGACAUGUUAUGAACGGUGAAUGGGGAAAGGCGAUGAAAGAUCUCUCCGCGCUUAAGCCCAUGCUGCAAGUUAGCGAAAUAGAAGCAAUGCCCAAAAUGAAAUUUCUUUUGUUGGAACAAAAGUACUUGGAACUUUUGGACGAAGGAAAAACGCUAGACGCUCUCUAUUGCCUGAGAUUCGAAUUAUCCGCCCUAAAACAAGAUUCAGAACAUUUGCACAAACUAAGCAGCUAUUUGCUGUGCAAAGGCUCCGACGAUGUUAGGUCUACAGCUGCGUGGGAAGGAAAAGGCAAUAAUUCGAGGCAGAAACUGAUGGAAAAACUGCAAACUUUCCUCCCCGCCAAUAUAAUGUUACCUCCCAAGAGACUUUCCAAACUCCUAUCUCAAGCCCUAGAACUUCAAAGGCAAAAGUGUUCGUUCCACAACGCUUCCCCGAAUAACCCCCUGAGUGGCAUAAAUACUUUUAACCGCGCGUCAAACCCUUUCUCCCUCGGAAAUCUAAAUAGCCGUGAAAACAACGAGCUUUUCACGCGAAACAAUAAAUAUUUCGGGACGAAUGAGGGCAUCUUCUCACCGAAAGAUGGUAUAGAGGGGAUGGAGAUGAUUGACGGGACCGACACCAUCCUCAAAACCACUAACGGGCUUCCAAAGCAAAACUCCUUAUUAUCUGCCAGCUUGUCGAUGCCUUCAACACCCGUAACUAACGUAUUCGACAAUAACGGCUGCAAUAAUAACAAAAAUAACCUCAACGAUAAUUUCCCUUACACCGAUAACUUCUUCAGUUUUAACGAUUUCGCCAACACCCCCUCCGCCUUUUACAACAACGAUAGCCGUAGAAAGCGGCACAAUACCAGCACCUUUUACGACCGACACUUCUCUUCGUUCGGUUCGGGCUCUUCCGGAGCCACCUUAUUUUGCACGCCUCCCAGUACAUCCUUGCUUACCGAUCACGUUUGUUCGAAAGACACAUUUCCCCACGAAAUCCAACAGAUCUUGAGCGAUCACAUUGACGAGGUCUGGUAUUGCAAGUUCUCUCACAACGGUAAAUAUUUAGCGACUGGCUCAAAGGACUCCACCGUCAUUAUCUGGGAUAUAAAUUUCGAAACACACCAAGUGAGUAAAAAGCACAUGUUGCAGGGUCAUUCGUACGGUGUAUCCUACCUGACUUGGAGCCCUGAUGAUUCAAUGCUGCUGGCUUGCGGGCCAGAUGAUUGCCCCGAAGUUUGGUUAUGGAACGUUCAAACCGGUGAGUUGCACAUAAAAAUGCGCCAUUCUCCAGAUGAUAGCCUGACAAGCGCAGCGUGGCACAAAGAUGGGAAGAGAUUUGCCACCGGGGGUACCAGGGGACAGUUUUACUUAUGCGACAUAGACGGGAACAUCGUGGAAAGUUGGGAAGGAGUUAGAAUCCAGUGUAUGUGGGCCUUUCACGACGAUAAAACUAUUCUAGCCUCCGACACGCAUCACCGCAUACGCUCUUAUAAUUUUGAAGAACUCAAGGAUAAAAAUAUGUUACAAGAAGACCACGCGAUAAUGUCAUUCAUAUGUAGCGAAGACGAUAAAUUAGCCUUGCUCAACGUUGCCAACCAGGGAGUUCACUUAUGGGAUUUAGAGGACAAAAUCCUUAUCAAAAAAUUUCAAGGGUUAACUCAAGGAUUUUACACCAUCCAUUCCUGCUUCGGUGGAGCCAACAAAGAUUUUGUCGCAAGUGGAAGUGAAGAUAACAAAGUGUACGUAUGGCACAUGACCAAGGAAAAGCCUAUCGCCUGUCUCUCCGGUCACACUCGUACGGUUAACAGCGUGAGUUGGAACCCCGUAUUAAAUACCAUGAUAGCGUCUGCGUCGGACGAUUCCACCGUUAGAAUCUGGGGGCCUUCUCCACCUUACAGAAUCUAUAGUGAUAAGAUAGAAGGCUAGAAAACGGAUUCAAUGCUUGCUUGAAAUAAGCUAUUUAUUAUCACUUGGUAAAAACACCGAAUAAUUUGGCUCAUUUUUAUCCUCCAUUUUUCUUUAUUAUAUUUUUUUAUAUCUUACACCAAUUUCCAAAUUUAGUCAUAUAUAUAUAUUUAUGGAUAAUAAUAAUAAUAUUUAAUUUUAAAAAUGAAAAAAAAAUUACACACUUAAAAAAAACUAAAUUAUUUUUUGAAUCAUAAUAUAUUGUAUACACACCUUAUUUAUGAAUCGCUUGUCUCGUUUUAAAAAUCACACUUUUUUCAAAAAGUAAACUUUUUCCUCCAUUUUUUUUUGGUGUAUUUUUGUGAAUCCAAAAUUGAUCAUUCUGUUUAAAUGUUAAAAAAAAAAUUUUUUUUCAUGUUUUUCGUUCUUCUUCUUCUUCCUCUAAGAAUACAAUAAGAUUUUGGCAUAAAAUUAGGAUCAUUUUAUAUUUAAUACCUUAUAUUGACAUUCCUCAAAAGUAUCGAGAUACUAUUGGGGAAAAAAAAAAUAACUGGGCGACAAAGAAUAUUUAUUGAUCUAGCUUACGUCUACACCUUUUUAGGGUUCGUUUUUACUUUAAUCAUUACUAUAUUAUUUUUUUAAUUUUUUUUCUCUCCUAAUAAGUAUAAUAUUUUGCGGAAAUUAUUAUUUUUUUUUUUGAGGAAUCAAAUGUGCAUUCGUUAAGUUUUAAAAAUCAUAUCUUUUCCACCAUCUUUUUUUUUUAACUCACACUCAUUUAGAUUGAUUUGUUUUUUGUGGAUAAAAAGAAAAAUGGCUAAAUUUGGGGGUUUUUUUUAAAAAAAUCUUUUAAAAAGAAAAAAUCAUAAAAUAUCUGAACGUGCAUUCAUUCAUUCAAUUAUUUUUUUUUUGAAAUUAUAUCAGAUAAUGUU